AUGCCAACCAAUGCCGAGAGUCUCUCUAGUCUUCUGAAGAAUGAUAUAUCGUUAGAGAAGAUCAGGGAAAUCAAAAAUCAAUUGAUCAAACAAAGGUCGACGGUUGAUUACAGAUUAAGUAAAGUCUCUGAAAAAUACUUUGAGGAUCUCCAAGAUAGUUUAAAAUUACUUAACCUUUCUCAAAAGUCAGUGGGCUCUAUCAGAGAUGAGAUAUCAGACAUUAAUAAAUUAAGCGAGGAGAAUAGAACAUCAAUAGAGAGAUACAACGUAAUAUUUGAUGCCACCAAAAUCUACGAAAUGAUUAAUUCUACUUCCACUAUAUAUGAAAAGAUUGUUCAGUUUAGUCAAUUGGUGGAAAAUAUUGAUGCUAUGUUAACAGAUGCGUUGUCUCGAGAUGCAUUAGAUACAGGCUGUCCUGACUUACUUCAAAUUCAUUACCUACUGACGAUGACUCGUGACUUCCAAGAUCAAGCAACUGUGAUGGCUCAGAUGUCAACUGACGAUGUACAGAGAACGAUCCAUAAAUUAUUUGGGAAUAUGCAACAGUUGGUUGAAAAGUUUGAUCAACUUUUAGAGUCUCUUAUUUAUGACAUCGUAGAGAUUGUACGUUCGGAACAAAAGUCGUUGGCAAUUAGACUUUUCAAGAUAUUGGAUUUAGAAGAAAGGGAAGAUCUUAAGAUUUCUGCCGUGAGAAAUAUCAUUAAAAAGAAAGAAAUUGAACUGGAGAGAUCUUCCAUUAAGAAACUACCUAACAAAAAUGCAGCACGCCUGGCUGGGAGAACUAGUAAAGGGGUGAUUGAAUAUCCAACUAACGAAGGUUUGUAUGCAGAACUUCUGAAUGGUACCAUUUCAACAAGAACUACAACAAGGGGUUACAAGAAUUUCUUUUUAAACAAACUAAGACAAUCAAUAGAGGAUAUGUUUGUUGAAGUUAGGAAAACUUACCAAGGUGAGAAGACUUUUGAAGUGCUAGAAAACAUGGAUUGGGUAUUUAAUGAACUAAUGGUGGUGAAAGAACAUCUAUCCAAAUACUGUCCCGAAGAUUGGAAAGUUUUCAAAACAUUUUACGAAUUAUAUUACGAAGAAUUGCACUUGCUCAUUAACGAGUUGGUGGAGUCUGAACCAGAAACUAUUGUUAUAUUAGAUAUCUUAGAUUUUGACAAAACUUUCCAGGAUACAACGGUCAGUGAUUUCGGUUUAUCAAAAGGAGAUUUAAAAAGUAUCAUUGGACCCGAACAGAAAGAGACGCUGUUUAAAGACUACUUGAAUUUGAUCAUUGCCAAAAUGACCGAAUGGAUUAAGAAUCUGGAGAAGGCGGAAUUCGAUGUUUUCUUGGAGAGAUCUACACCACCUCAUACUGAUGUCGAUGGGUUACUAUUCCUUGAUGGUACUAAAACUUGUUUCCAGAUGUUUACCCAACAAGUAGAAGUUGCUGCAGGGUCCAACCAAGCAAAAAUAUUAGUUGGUGUAAUAGAACAAUUUUGUGAUUUAUUGAUCAAAAGACAAAAUGAUUGGGAUAAUACAAUAUCAAGUGAGGUAAACAAACUGUUAAGAUACAAUAUGCUAUAUGAUGAAGAUCCCCAAAACGUUCCGGCGGAUGCAGAAUGCCCAGGUGGUUUACUAGAAUACUUAAUUGCAGCAGCUAAUGACCAAAUGAGAGCGGCCGAUUAUACAAUGGCUAUUUCAAACAAAUAUGGUGCAUUGGUGAGUAAAGUUUAUACAAAGGAGAUUUCGAAACACAUGGAAUCUGCAUUGGAUGGAUUUGCAGAUGUGGUCAAGAGCAGUUUACAGGGGUUACUUUCAAUUAUGUUUGAUGAUAUGAAGGGACCAUACUCGGAAAUAUUUAGUAAGACGUGGUAUAGUGGGACUCAGGCUAAAUUGAUAUGUGAUACUUUAUCUGAAUAUCUAACAGAUAUAAGGCCACAAAUGAGUGUGGUUGUAUUCAAUAUUUUCAUCGGUAAUGUUAUCGAUGAAGCCUUUUUGAGGUUUGUAGAUGCAAUGAACGAGGGUCAUUCUUUUAAGACUAAGAAGAACAAAUUUUUGGAUGCCAUGAAAAGAGAUUUCGAGGUAUUUUUCAGUUUGUUUAAUAAGUUUGCAAAUCCUGAUCAGAAGGAAGAAAUAAUACAUCGUAGAUUCAGGGUCAUGGAAUAUUUUAUGGACUUUAGUUGCGAGCCGGUAGAUGAAAUAAACGAAACCUGGAAAGAGUUUAUGAUUGAGUAUCCUGAAGGUACAAUCGAUUUUCUGACGGCUAUUCUAUAUAGUAGAAAGGACAUUGACAGUUCUGCAAGGAAGAGCUUAAUACAAUCUGCUCUUGUUUAUAUAAAUGAUCCUGAUAGAGUCUUACGUUUGAGUGAGUUAACCACGGAUUUGUCAUUCAUUUCAAGAUUCAAGUAUGAAGCCAAAUGA